AUGGAUGAUUUGGAGGACCCAAAUAAGGUUUUGAUGGAUGGAAUUGAUCAAGCCCUUGUUGAAAAGAUUUGCAAACAGUCCAUGGACCAUAAUUACUGCGUGUCAGUUAUACUUUCAGACCCAGAGGGUCUUACAAAUGUUCUAUAUAGGCUGGGACUCGUUAUUACUUCUGUAAGCUAUAAGUUAAUACCAACUAUCAAUGGUGAAAUUGGAAAUGCUCUUAUAAAAGCCACAAACCCAUUGGUUAGGGAACGAAUUAAGUCUUGCCAAGCCGAUAUAGAUGGUAUAAUCGGAGAUUUUGAUCAAGCAAGAACUGCUGCAGGUACACAAUCCUACGUCGAAGAGGCAAAAUAUCUUUCAUAUGCACAAGAUAAAAUUGCAGCAUGUAAUGCCCGAUUUAAGGCCUCCCCGCCUACUGCAUCACCAAUAGCAAGUAACACUUACAAAAUAGAGACGCUAAUCGGUAUUUCUGCUCUUAUUCUUUCUGCGACAACUCAUCCCUAA